AUGCGUCUUCCCCAACUCACCGUCUGGCUGGCAGCCACAGCCGCCUCCUCGGUCCUCGCCCAGUCCCCUGCGCCGCCCGUCUUCACCGACACUGGCGACUCGGCCCUGGCCUUUGACCUGUCCCAGGUGACGCUCAACCCGGGCCGUUUCCGCGACAACCAGGACCGGACCCUGACCUACAUCAAGUUCGUCGACCUCGACCGGCUCCUCUACAACUUCCGAGCCAACCACGGCCUGUCCACCAACGGCGCCCAGGCCAACGGCGGCUGGGACGCGCCCAGCUUCCCCUUCCGCACACACAUCCAGGGCCAUUUCCUCACGGCCUGGGCCAACUGCUGGGCCGUGCUCAAGGACGAAGAGUGCCGCGGCCGGGCCGAGCGGUUCGUCGAGGAGCUGGCCAAGUGCCAGGACAACAACGCCGCGGCCGGCUUCCAGGCCGGCUACCUCUCGGGCUUCCCCGAGUCCGACAUCACGGCCGUCGAGCAGCGCACGCUCAGCAACGGCAACGUGCCCUACUACGCCAUCCACAAGACCAUGGCCGGCCUGCUGGACGUGUGGCGGAACGUGGGCAGCACCAAGGCCAGGGACGUGCUGCUCAAGAUGGCCGGCUGGGUGGACGCGCGGACCGCGCUCCUGUCGUACGCGCAGAUGCAGAGCAUGAUGGGCACCGAGUUCGGCGGCAUGAGCGAGGUCCUGGCCGACGUCUUCCACCAGACGGGCGACGAGCGCUGGCUGACGGCGGCGCGGAGGUUCGACCACGCCGCCGUGCUGGACCCGCUCGCGCGCAGCCAGGACGCCCUCGACGGCCUGCACGCCAACACGCAGGUGCCCAAGUGGAUCGGCGCCGCGCGCGAGUACAAGGCCACCAAGGACCAGCGGUACCUGGACAUUGCGCGCAACGCCUGGGACUUCACCGUCGAGGCCCACACCUACGCCAUCGGCGGCAACAGCCAGGCCGAGCACUUUCGCCCGCCAAACGCCAUCGCCGGCUACCUGACCCGGGACACGGCCGAGGCCUGCAACACGUACAACAUGCUCAAGCUGACCCGGGAGCUCUUCAUGCACGACGCCGCCCCGGCCAUGAACGACACGGCCAAGUUUGACUUUUACGAGCGCGCCCUGCUCAACCACCUGCUGGGCCAGCAGGACCCGGCCGACGCCCACGGCCACGUCACCUACUUCACCCCGCUCAACGCCGGCGGCCGGAGGGGCGUCGGCCCGGCCUGGGGCGGCGGCACCUGGAGCACCGACUACGAGAGCUUCUGGUGCUGCCAGGGGACCGGCAUCGAGACCAACACGAAGCUGAUGGACAGCAUCUACUUCCGGAGCCGCGACAACACCACCCUGUACGUGAACCUGUUCAUCCCCUCGGCCGUGCGGUGGCAGGAGAGGGACGGCGUCGUCGUGACGCAGCAGACCGAGUUCCCGCUCGGCGACACCACCACCCUGACCCUGUCGGGCGCCGCCGGCGGCCGCUGGACCCUGUCGGUGCGGAUCCCCAGCUGGGUCGCCGGCAGCGCCGAGGUCCGCGUGAACGGGCAGAACGCCGCGGCCGACGUGCGGACGACCCCUGGUGGUUAUGCCGCCAUCACGCGCGAGUGGUCCGUCGGCGACAAGGUGACCGUUCGGUUGCCCAUGAAGCUGCACACCGUCCCGGCCAACGACGACCCGAGCCUCGUGGCCUUGGCCUAUGGCCCCGCCAUUCUCUCUGGCAGGUAUGGCGACCAGAGCCUGAACCAGAUCCCGACCUUGGAUCUUGGGAGCGUGAAGAGCACAGGGAAGCCUCUGGAGUUUGCGGCCAAGGAUGGCAAUGGGACCCAUGUCAACCUGGGGCCGUUUUAUGAUGCCCAUGGCAUCAACUACAACGUGUACUGGCGGGCUAAAGGGGCCUUGCCGACUGUCUGA